CCGAGAGAGGAACAGACCUCAGCUCUCUCCUGAAAGCAGCCGACAGACCCCUCAGCUGAUGAGGCCAAGCUAAAGGCUUCCUGCUCCGCAACCAACUCCUGAAGGCUCGUCCGCUCCUCCUAUUCCUCUCUCAUCUCCUUCUCUCUGUCCAUUGGCCCGCUCGCUCGCUCUCUCCAGUCCAGACCACCUCCGACAUGCCUCCUCAGCUCCAGUCCCAGAACCAGAGCGGACCCAGGGUCCUGCAGGGCGACCUCAGCGCCCUCAGCUCGACCGUCAGGGAGUUCGUGGACGCCAACGUGACCCUGUGCCAGCCCGACUCCAUCCACAUCUGCGACGGCUCGGACGAGGAGAACCGUGCCAUCCUGACCCAGCUGGAGGAGCAGGGGAUGAUCAAGAAGCUCAGCAAAUAUGAAAACUGCUGGUUGGCCAGGACCGACCCAAGGGACGUGGCUCGCGUGGAGAGCAAGACGGUGAUCGUGACCAGGGACCAGAAGGACACGGUGCCCACGCCGCUGGGAGGGGGAGUCAGCCAGCUGGGACGCUGGAUGUCCCCGGAAGAGUUCGACAAGGCCAUGGCUCAGCGGUUCCCCGGCUGCAUGAAAGGCCGCAUCAUGUAUGUGAUCCCCUUCAGCAUGGGUCCGGUGGGUUCCCCCCUCUCUAAGAUUGGCGUGGAGCUGACGGACUCUCCCUACGUGGUCGCCAGCAUGAGGGUGAUGACCCGCAUGGGGAAGGCCGUGCUGUCGGCUCUGGGAAACGGCGACUUUGUCCGCUGUUUGCACUCCGUCGGCUGUCCUCUGCCGCUCAAAGAGCCCCUGGUGAACAACUGGCCCUGUAACCCUGAGGAGACGUUAAUCGCUCACAUCCCCGACCGCAGGCAGAUCGUUUCCUUUGGCAGUGGUUACGGAGGAAAUUCGCUGCUGGGAAAGAAAUGCUUCGCCCUUCGCAUCGCCUCACGCAUCGCCAAGGAGGAGGGGUGGCUGGCUGAGCACAUGCUGAUCCUGGGCAUCACCAACCCUGCUGGAGAGAAGAAGUACAUGGCCGCAGCCUUCCCCAGCGCCUGCGGGAAAACAAACCUGGCCAUGCUCUGCCCCACGCUGCCGGGCUGGAAGGUCGAGUGUGUGGGAGACGACAUCGCCUGGAUGAAGUUUGAUGAUGAAGGCAACCUACGUGCCAUCAACCCAGAGAAUGGCUUUUUCGGCGUUGCCCCAGGAACCUCGGCCAAAACCAAUCCCAACGCAAUGGCGACCAUUGUCAAGAAUACCGUCUUCACAAAUGUUGCCGAGACCAGCGAUGGCGGUGUUUACUGGGAGGGGAUGGACCAAGCGCUGCCUGACGAAGUCACCAUCACGUCCUGGAAGAACAAGCCCUGGAGCUCAGAAGAUGGUGAACCCUGUGCUCAUCCCAACUCUCGUUUCUGCACUCCGGCCGGUCAGUGCCCGAUCAUUGAUCCGCAGUGGGAAUCCCCAGAGGGAGUCCCCAUCGAGGCCAUCAUUUUUGGAGGGCGCAGACCAGAGGGCGUCCCUCUGGUGUACGAGGCCUUCAGCUGGCAGCACGGAGUGUUUGUUGGAGCGGCCAUGAGAUCGGAGGCCACUGCUGCAGCUGAACACAGAGGAAAGGUAAUCAUGAACGACCCAUUCGCUAUGCGCCCCUUCUUCGGCUACAACUUUGGACAGUACCUCUCUCAUUGGCUGAGCAUGGCUGAGCGUCCCGGUGCCAAGCUCCCCAAGAUUUUCCAUGUCAACUGGUUCCGCAAGAGCCCGACCGCCGGCUUCCUCUGGCCCGGUUUUGGCGACAACAUCCGCGUUCUGGACUGGAUGUUCAGGAGGGUGAACGGCGAGGCCGGCGCCACGCUCUCCGCCGUGGGCCACCUGCCUUGCCACGGCUCCCUGAACCUCCAGGGUCUGCAGGGCGAUGUGGACCUGGAUGAGCUGUUCUCCCUGGAUCAGGAGUUCUGGCAGAGGGAGGUGGAAGAGGUGAGGAAGUACUUCACCACGGAGGUGAAUGACGACCUGCCCAACGAGAUCACACAUCA